CCUCGCGCAUUGGCAGAGAACGCGUUAGACUUUCGAACGCAGUACGUACGCGAGCGUGUAUGUCUCAAUUAUUGAUGCAAAAGUUGCACGAUGGUUGACCAUAACGAGAGAUUGUUACAGGAGUUACAAACGAAAAGUGGGAACAAUGUUUGUGCCGAUUGUGGAGCCGACGACCCAGACUGGGCUUCAUACAACCUGGGCAUAUUCAUCUGCAUGCGCUGCGCCUCGAUCCACCGAGGCAUGGGCGCUCACAUCAGCAAAGUCAAACACCUCAAACUGGACCGUUGGGAAGACUCGCAAGUGCAGAGGAUGAGGGACAUUGGGAACAUCGUCGCGAGGAACAAGUAUGAGGAGCGCGUCCCGCCUUGCUACAGGAGGCCUACGAAGAACGACCCACAAGUUUUAAUCGAGCAAUGGAUCCGCGCCAAGUACGAACGCGAGGAGUUCUGCCACCCCGAACGCCAGAGCUACCUCUCCGGCACCAUGGAGGGGUUUCUCAUGAAGAGGGGAAAGGAGGACAACCGCUACCAGCUUAGGAAGUUUGUGCUCAGUGAGAGCGAAGACACACUCAAGUACCAUGUAAAAGAAAACAAAGAGCCAAAGGGAAUUCUAAAGCUGUCGGAGUUGAACGUCGCUUUUGCCCCCUCGAAAAUCGGCCAGAUGAACUCCAUGCAACUUACAUUCAUGAAGGACGGAACCACCAGACAUAUAUACGUCUACCACGAAGACCCAGAAGUCAUCAACUGUUGGUACAUGGCAAUACGCUGCGCGAAGCUCCACCUCCUUCAAGUCGCGUUCCCCUCAACACCACAGUCUGACCUAAUCCUCCGCCUGCCCAAGGACUUCGCCAGAGAAGGCUGGCUCUGGAAGACCGGGCCGAGGUCUUCAGACGCGCAUAGGCGACGCUGGUUUACACUAGAUCAGAGGAAGCUCAUGUACCAUGAUGAGCCUUUGGACGCUUAUCCGAAAGGAGAAAUAUUUAUUGGCCACGAAUCCAACGGCUACUGCAUCAAAGUGUCCAACACCGGCAACGGUUGCAAAGAAGCGCGCUUCUCCUUCCAACUGGUGACGCCGGAGCGGACGUACUGCCUCGCGGCCAUCUCGCACGAGGAGCGCGCCGGCUGGCUCGUGGUGCUGCAGCAGGCGAUCAAACGGCCGCUGUCGCCGCAGGACUCCACUAUUGAGGCGACCCUCGUCCGUAAGCGCACCACGUCCAACUCCACAAUGAGCAUAUUCUCAGGAAGGUAGUCGCACUGUCCACUCUUAUGCCACAGUCGUAAGAGGGACCGAUGCCGCACAUUUCCAAUAAAUAGGAUUAUUUCGUGUUCCGUUCGAACCUGGAAUGUUUUUCAAUCUUUUCUAAUUUUUAAAUGAAUAUUUUAGUGUAAGUUUUAUAACAAAAAUAUUUAUUUGAUUUUAUAGAAUUUAACAAUACAUUUUUUAAUCGUUAUCGUUUUGUAUUAGAUUGAAAUUGCCAAAUAAUUAUACAUUUGACGUGCACUUUUUAGGAUGGUAUUCCACUUAUCCAAUUUAUUUAUCCAUUGUAUAUUCCGUCUCACAUUUUGCUUAAUGAGAGAGUGAGACGCAAUGACAUUGGAUAGGUGCAAUAUAUACCACCCCAAGACAUUUGUAUAAUAAUAGACAAAUUAAUUAUAACAGACUACGAAGUUGAGUAAUAUGUGUCGAUUGAAAAACAAGAUGGCGCUGUACGGUGUUGUGUAUAUUUUGCGGCGACUGGGUCUGGGUUGUCAAACUUUUGACAGUUCAUUUACCACAAUAAUAUUUCUGUCAAUAUUUUCGAUAUAAGUAUACUUUUCCACUUCUUUAGUCUAUUAUAAUUCAUCUUUACCUAUAAUUUAAUCAUAUAAUUCAGAUAACUAUCGAUAUUUUGUCUUCGUUAUUAUGUUUUAAAAUCAUGUGUUUACAUAAGUUAAGAAUGUUUGCUUUUCGUAUUUAAUAUAAUUAUGACUGAAUGUUAAAUUAUUAUCAUUUUAUUGUUUAACUCUCAUAUUAAUGUAUAUGAAUGUGUUUGCGUACACUUAGAGAAUACUGGCUAUGCGCACAAUCUAU